AUGGCUUUACCAACAUAUUCAAUGCCAAUACAUUAUUACAAAAGAGAACCCAAGAAUCUUGCAACCUACGCGAUAGUAUCACAAAUUGGCGAUGGCCAAAUCCAGGCCCCUGCAGAUAGCCCAACGGUCGCAGCCGUUGCCUCCACCAGCAGCAGUCUAAUAAUCACUACAUCAUCUCAAUCGACUGCCGCUGCAACAGAUUCCACCUCAUCUCCAUCAAGUUAUAUCAUGAAAGCUUCCAGAACCACCACCACCUCUUCUUCUUCUUCUUCUUCAUCAUCCAGUUCACUUCAAAUAUCAACAACCGCUUCUCCGGCAACUUCAAUUAAACUUUCAACCACCUCUUCAUCUCAAGAUGACCAAAUUAUCCAAGCCACCCCAGCCCCAACUAUCCAAACAGCAAGCACUUCGUUGCAAAUCACCACCUCCCCAAGCUCUACAUUGGCUGCCCAAAAUUCAGUGGCGCUCACAACAUCACCCGCUUUAACCAGCCAGAAAACUACAGCCAACGCCAACAAUAAGCAAACAAAUACUUUUGCCCUUGUUACCCAAAUUGGCGAUGGUCAAAUCCAAGCCCCUCCUGAUUAUUCAAGUGCCAUCGUACAAUCAGCCAGCACUACCCCGACAGUGGUGCCAGCCCAGACAACUUUACAUGCUUAUGGAAGCACCAGUAGUAGUACUUCAUCAUCGGCUACUCCAAGUGCAACCCAGAAUAUUUUGCUGGUAACAUCAGCAGCGAUAAUUACUCCAACCGCUACAGCUACCGACUCUUCCACGGAUUUAGUUCCAAGUGAAACCGAUACUCAUAGUUAUUCUGCUACUGAUUCAUCCACAGUUGCUAUUUCUACUCAAGCAAUUACCUCAAGUCAAUCUACAGUUGCUACUACUUCUACCCACGCAACUACCUCAAGUCAAUCGACGUUGAAAGCUCAAGAUUCUGUUAUCACCCCGCAAGCUACUUCAAUCACUCCAAGUACUACUAUUGCCAGUAAAUCAACCAUCAGCUUUUCUCUCGUCACCCAAAUUGGUGAUGGACAAAUCCAAGCUCCUGCAGACUCAUCUACUACCCUAGAUGCCACCGGAACCACCCAAAAAGAAAGUCUGGUUCUAAUAACUUCCACCCCUACUUUCACUACCGCAUCAGACACCGAUGACAACAAUACCACAGAUUUUCCAACCGAUACUGUUGCUUCAACAAGUAUUCCACUUACCAGUCUGAUUUCCACAGAAGCUUCAACAACCCUCGAUGCAACAGGCUCUACAAAUGUUCCAGUGACCAUCGCAACUACAGCAGCAACAACUCCCACCCCUCUUACCAGUCUGAGUUCCAUUGCUGUUUUUUCCAGUUCAACCCCAGAGUCAACCCUUGAUGCAACAGGUUCUACUAGCUCAUCGUCUUAUCAUUCACCUUCAAUCACAGUCACCCCUACUACUACUAAAACAACAACAACGCCACAAGCAAGCGUGGUCGCUAGCUCCAAUACUUUCCCUCUAGUGACUCAGAUUGGUGAUGGUCAAAUACAAGCGCCAGCGCCAUCAACUGAUUCAACUUUGGCUGCGGUUGACAGUACUAGCACCACAGAAUCAAGUGUUAUGCUGACCUCUGCGACAAUCUCUAAAGCCCUGGUAACUUCUGUUGAAGCUAGCAGCACUACUGGUGUUAAUGAUACCACUGAUUAUGCCAUGUCUUACCCAACAAAUGAAGACACUGGUAGUUAUCUGACACAGUCUGUGACACAGUCUAUGACCACUGAAGAAGCUACUUUUUCAAAGACUUCCUCUGCAAUUAUUACCUCUUCACCAACAGUUGCCUCAUCAUCUGUGAUUAUCACCUCUUCACCAACAGUUGCAUCCUCUACAAGUAUCACCUCUUCACCAACAAUUACCGCAAGCUCUACUCUCGAUGCUCUGUACUCUAUCAGCGCAACCCCUACUGUUUCUAGUACUGCUACUAAGGCAACCGUUACUUAUGGUCUUGUUACUCAGAUCGGCGAUGGUCAAAUCCAACUGCCGGCAGAAACCACUGAUUCUUCCGGAAACUGA